GUGACAGCGGGGCCGCCCGUGACGCCGCCCGUGACGCCACCGCCACCCCGUUUCUCCCCAAAAACCGCCCGGGACGGAGCCGCCGACCGGGGCCGGGGGGGGGCGGGAGGGGGGGGCACGGAGCGGGCCCGGGCCCGGCGCGAUGCGGCUGCUGCUGCUGCUGCUGCUGGGGGCGAUGGCGGCACCGGGAGCAGGCACGGAGCUGUGCGGCCAGAGCGAGUUCCGGUGCCGGGACGGUUCCUGCAUCGCCAGCGCCUGGGUGUGCGACGGCAACGCCGAGUGUCGCGACGGCUCCGACGAGACGCCAGAGACGUGCCACUCCGUCUCCUGCUCCCCGAGUGAGUUCAGCUGUGGCGGCCACCGGCGCCGGUGCGUUCCGGCGUCCUGGCGCUGCGACGGACACCGCGACUGCGAUAACGGCUCCGACGAGCUGGAUUGCCCCCCCCGAGCCUGCGCCGGGGACCAGCUGCGCUGCGGCAGCGGCGGUUGCGUCUCGCGCGCCUUCGCCUGCGACGGGGAGCGGGACUGCGAGGACGGGACGGACGAGGCCGACUGCCCCCCCCCCGCGCCCUGCGGCCCCCACGCCUUCCGCUGCAACGACUCGUCCUGCAUCCCCCGGCUCUGGGCCUGCGACGGGGACCCCAACUGCCCCGACGGCUCCGACGAGUGGCCCCGCAGCUGCGGCACCCCCCGGCCCCCCCCGCCCUGCGCCCCCCUCCAGUUCGCCUGCGGCUCCGGCGAGUGCAUCCACCGGCGUUGGCGUUGCGACGGCAGCCCCGAUUGCCGGGACCGCUCCGACGAGGAGGGAUGCGCCGCCGCCACCACGUGCCGCCCCGACCAGUUCCAGUGCGGCGACGGGCGCUGCGUGCUGGGUGUCCGGCAGUGCGACGGCGAGACCGACUGCGCCGACGGCAGCGACGAGGAGGGAUGCCACAACGUGACGCUCUGCACCGGCCCCCACGAGUUCAAGUGCCGCUCGGGCGAGUGUGUGCCGUUGGAGCGCGUCUGCGACCGGCACCGCGACUGCCGGGACUGGUCCGACGAACCCUUCAAGGAGUGCGGGGUGAACGAGUGCCUGGACGGCGGCGGCGGCUGCUCCCACGUCUGCCAGGACCUUCGGCUGGGCUACCGGUGCCUCUGCCCCGAGGGGCUCAGCCUGGGCCCUGACGGCAGGACCUGCGAGGACAUCGACGAGUGCCGCGACCCCCGCACCUGCAGCCAGCUCUGCCUCAACCUGCCCGGCAGCUACAAGUGCGACUGGGGGGGGUAUCGGCUGGAGCCCAGCACCCACGCCUGCCGCGCCCUGGGCCCCCCCGCCGCCCUCCUCUUCACCAACCGGCACGAGAUCCGGCGCUUGGCGCUGGACGGCGGCGAGUACCGGCGCGUGCUGGGCCCCCUCGCGCACGCCGCGGCCCUGGACACCGACGUGGCCGCCGGCACCGUCUACUGGGCCGACCUCACCCAGAGAAAGAUCUACCGGUCGCCGCUGACCGGCACGACGAACGACAGCCGGGACGUCACCAUCGUGGGGACGGGGCUGGGGGCGCCCGACGGCGUCGCGCUGGACUGGGUGCACCAGAACCUGUACUGGACCGACUCGCGGCUCGGCACCGUCUCGGUGGCCGACGCCGACGGUCGACGCCGCAAGACGUUGGUGCGGGAAGCGGGGGCCAAGCCCCGCGCCAUCGCGGUGGAUCCGCUGCACGGUUACAUGUACUGGACGGACUGGGGAGCCAGCGCCAAGAUCGCCAAGGGCGGCCUCAACGGCGUCGACCAGUUCCCGCUGGUGACCGAGGGCGUCGAGUGGCCCAACGGGAUAACGCUGGACCUGCCCUCCCAGCGCCUCUACUGGGUGGACUCGCGGCUCCACACGCUCUCCAGCGUGGACGUGGACGGGGGCCGCCGCCGCACCCUCCUGGCCGACCCCCAGGUGCUCGCCCACCCCUUCGCCGUCGCCAUCUUCGAGGACACCGUCUUCUGGAGCGACAUCCUGAGCGAGGCCGUCUUCAGCGCCGACCUCCGGACGGGCGCCCACGUGCGCAGGGUGGCCCAGGAGCUCCUCUCCCCCGAGGACAUCGUCGUCCUGCACCCCCUCCGCCAGCCCCCAGGUGCCAAUCGCUGCUCGGAGGCCAACGGGGGCUGUGGGUUCCUCUGCCUCCCCGCGCCCCACCUGGGCCCCCGCUCCCCCCGCUACACCUGCGCCUGCCCCGACGGACAGCGCCUGGCGCCCGAUGGACGCGCCUGCCUGCCAGACCCCUCGGCCCCGGCCCCGACGGACGCAGCCCCCAGCCCCCCCACAGCCCCCCCGCAGCCCCCGACACCCAGCCGGGACCCCCACAGCCACGGGGCAUCCCCGGGCCCCACGGCCGCCAGCAGCUCCGCCAGCACCGCCGGCACCACCACCACCUCCAGCAACGCCACAGCAGGCGGCAGCGGUGACGCCGUGGGGCACGUGGGGAGCAGGACGGGGCCAACGGCGCUCGCGGUCGUCCUGCCCCUGGUGUUCCUCAUCCUCGCGGCCUUCGUCUCCCGCGGGCUCUGGCGCAGCUGGCGCCGCCGCAGCACCAACAGCAUCAACUUCGACAACCCGGUUUACCAGAAAACCACCCGGGACGAGGAGCCCCCGGGCUGGGGGCAGGGGGGCUUCAGCUACCCCAUGCGCCAGGCCGUGAGCCUGGAGAGCGACGUGGCCUGAGAAGAUGGGGGGGGCCCCUCCCCCCCCCACCCCAAAACCCUGAGGAGGUGCCGGACCCUGCGCCCCACCCCCACCCCGGCGGGACCCCGGGGGCUGCGGACAGACGCCCCUCCCCCACCCCGGGGGGGCCGUGGGGCUGCACCCAGCGCGUGGGGGUGGGGGGUGGGGGUGACCCCGGGGGGGGGGGGGGCUGCGCCCGUCUCGGCAGUUGUACGCAGCCGUGUGCGCUUGUGCGCGGGCGUGCGAGGCCAAACCCGGGUGUGCGCGGGCGUGCGCUGCUGUGCGUGACACCCCCAACCCCCCCCCCCCCCCCGCCGUGCGGUUGCACGUGGGCGUGCGCGGCCGUACGCGCUUGUGCACGCGGUUGCACGUGGUUGCACGUGUCCGGCUGUGCGUGUGCCGUGCACACAUCCCCCCCCCCCCCCCGCCCCGGUUGGUUUUGUUUUUUUGGUUUUCUUUUUCGGUUUUUUUUGGGUUUUUUUGUUUUU